AUGUCUCAAACACUUCAAUCACUUGUCAUACCAAGCGAUUUGGCGGCUCCUACUUUCAGCCGCCGCCUGUCCUCUAUUACUGAUACUCCCAUUGGUUCGUCCCACGAAGCACCAAUAGCAGUCGUCGACGACGAAGAAAUCCCGACGAUCGACUAUUUCUCGCUCUUCUCACCUGACGAACCUGCCCACCGUUCCGCGGCCCUCGACUGCCUCUCCGCAGCUUGUGAGCACUAUGGCUUCUUCAACCUUGUGAACCAUGGGAUUCCUGAUGAAGUGAUAGAUGGUGCUUUGAGGGGGAUCGCCGAUUUCUUCGAGCAAACGCCGGUGGAGGAGAAGAGCAAGUACAGGAAAGGUGAUCCGAGGGCUCGGAUUCUUUGGGAUGCCAGGUGUCACGCCGGCGAGAACAGGGAACAUCUCAAACUCCUCGCUCGUCCAACUUUCCACUGCCCUCCUAAUCCUCCAUCCUUCAGAGAAGCAUUGGGAGAGUACGUAACCAGAUUCCAUGAGGUGAAGCUGGGUUUAGCAAGGGCUAUGUCCUUAGUCUUGGGACAGGAAGAGUCCUACAUCGAGGAUGCUUUCGAUCUGGAGUCAGGCUUCGACGUGGCUGCCAUGAAUCAUUACCCACCAAACUUCAAGUCGAAGGGCACCAUGGGACUGGCUGAACACACCGAUCCUGGUUUCAUCAUCUCCCUCAUCCAAGAUAUGGAUGGCGGUCUUCAAAUCCUAACCCACCAAGGACAAUGGAUCAACGUCCACAUCCCUCCCAAUGCCAUUUUAAUUCAACUUGGCGACCAAUUGGAGGUCUUGACUAAUGGCAAGUACAAGAGUCACAUCCAUCGCGUGUUGGUGGGUAAGUACAAGGCGAGGAGGAUCUCGAUAGGCACACUCCACGGGCCAUCUAUUGACAAACUUGUGGCCCCAGCUCUGGAAUUCGUGGACGACACUCACCCGCUGGCUUAUCAUGGAAUGACCUACUCGGAUGCUUUGGAAGCCAAUAACCGUUACGAAAUUGAAGUUCAGUCAUGCAUUGAACAACUUCGAAUUCCAUCCCUAUAA